GGAGAGGGUGACUCGUAUGGAUGGGACAGAGGUCACAAGAGGAGCGUCAAAAAAAAGACCCACAUUAACACACCUUGAGAGACAAGCUUGUCCUGUCCGGUCCAGUCCUGUCAUCCUUUCUCUUUCUCCUCCUCCUCCUCUUGCUCCUCUCUGUGGGGAAAAGCAGCACUUCUGAGUCUGAACACUGCUGCUGUUGGGACAACCAGAUACUGAAGUACAACAUGACGGGUAACCAUCAAGAUGAUGUCCCAAUCGUGCCAACAAGCUCCACCCAUUCGCCGAACACCACAAACAAUGGAACUCAUUCUGAAGGCCAAAGUGCCAACAGGUUCAUGAGUGAGCAGCAUAGAAUCCACACAUCAUCGUGGGUUGUUGCCGCCCUCUGUAUUGUGAGUUUGUGCGUGCUGCUCUCCUUCGGUGUGUGCGCGUGGAAGAAAUGCCUGAAAAAGGACAAGGACAAGAAAAAGGGGAAAGAGAAGAGCAAAGGAGGAGGCAUUGACACUGAAAUGGAUGGAGGUUACAAAGAGCCGCUAAAAGUUGAAAGCAAGAAGGAAACAGAGUUGUCAGACCCUGAGCCAAAAGAAGAUGACAAGCUUGGCAGACUACACUUCACAUUAGACUACAACUUCACUGAUAACAUGCUGGUAGUCGGCAUCUUGCAGGCCGCGGGACUUCCUGCCAUGGAUGUGGGCGGGAGCUCGGACCCUUACGUAAAAGUAUAUCUUCUCCCGGACAAAAAGAAAAAGUUUGAAACCAAAGUUCAUAGGAAGACUCUCGAACCGAACUUCAAUGAGACUUUCACAUUUAAGGUACCGUACACUGAGCUGGGCGGGAAGACACUGGUUAUGACUGUGUACGACUUUGACCGUUUCUCCAAACACGAUGCCAUCGGGGCUGUGAAGAUACCGAUGAGCAGCGUGGACUUCAGUCAGUCGCUGCAGGAGUGGCGGGACCUCCAGAAGGCAGAGAAAGAAGAGAGUGAGCGUCUCGGGGACAUUUGUUUGUCCUUGAGGUACGUGCCGACAGCAGGGAAACUGACAGUGGUGAUUCUGGAGGCCAAAAACUUGAAGAAAAUGGAUGUGGGUGGAUUAUCGGACCCUUAUGUGAAAAUCCACUUGAUGCAGAAUGGGAAAAGACUAAAGAAAAAGAAAACAACAACCAAGAAGAACACUUUGAACCCUUACUACAAUGAGUCUUUCAGCUUUGAAGUGCCAUGUGAACAGAUAGAGAAGGUGCAGGUAGCAGUGACUGUGUUGGACUACGACAAGAUUGGAAAAAACGAUGCCAUCGGUAAAGUACUGCUGGGUGGGAGCAGCACCGGCACCGAGCAACGCCAUUGGUCGGAUAUGCUCGCAAACCCCAGGCGGCCAAUUGCACAGUGGCACAGCCUUCAACCGGAGGAUGACAUCAAUGCGCUGAUUUCCAACAAGAAAUGAACAUCUUCUUCUCCAACUUUGUCAAACAGUUUAACAUAAUUAACUGUCAUGUAAGUGUAAGUAAAACUAUAUACAACCAAAAUAAAACCCCACCCUUUAAUGAUGAAAUGGAAUAACAUUUCAAGAAACUGACUUCAUGCAUCGCAUUUUUUAACUGUCAUACAAGCGUAAAAGAAAAAAGUUAACCACCGAACUGCUUAACUGUAUGGCAAAACUUAACCGAUUAAGCAGCACAUUGAAUUCACCGCUUUAAUCAUAUUGUACUAAACAGUCAGAACACAGACACACAGACCACAUUUCUGGGUCCAUCGUCUUCACCACAUUUUUCCUCUUUGUAGUCAUUGGUCGUUCAUUGGUGGCUUAACAAAAAAGCCAAAGAAAAAGCAAAGUACACUUGUAGAGUUAAUCAUUUUAAAAGCUCAUUGAGCUGAAGUCUCAUGAGGUAUGCUGAGGCCCUGGCUGAUACAGUCGUUUUUGACCUCACAGUUUUAUAGGCAUAUUUUACGCUCACUUUCCAACAUGUACAACCUUGGGGUCGUCGUUUCCACUGUACUAAAUCCAAGCUUCACUGAUUCCUUAAAUGCUUUUUAAAUAUUUACUCCGUAGUUCUCAGUCUUAUCCUUGCAGUAACCAGGUAUGAAUCACUAAAUCACUAACUGAUUUUAUUUGAUUUACCUUUUAAAUAUAAAACACAGUACACUAGGUACCCAACUUACGAACAUCUGACCUGCGAACAUUCGGAGAUACGAACGCAAGCUGACUGGUCCACAGUAUAUUUUCUUGUACUUUGCCUUGUUGCCACAAACCAUAUUUAUACUGCUACAUGCUUGACCAGUAGAGGGCACUGUGACACUGCGAAUGGGAGCAACAGGUAGAGGAAGACCGGGGAGGAGACGUGAAGAAAAGCUAAGUUCUAGCUGUACGAUGCAACCCGGACAGAGCGUGUGAUUAAAGUUUAUGAAGAGUUAAUAGGCCUGCUUAAUUCUACACCACCCACAGAACACUACCUCUUUUAGAAGAGUCUAACGACGACAAUGAUUUUUACUUUUUUCAAUAACUCCCCUUCCUCCUCCACCACAACGACGUAUGCUCGACCACUCCCCUUCAAAGGUAAAUAACAUUUAUCAUUACGUCUUAUUAUAUCACUUUUAUUAUUGUUUUUUUUCUUUAAUUAUCCUCGUUUAAUAUUACUACUGCAUCCAGUAGUUCCGUCUGGAACCAAUUGUGUUCGUAAGUUGGGGACCUAGUGUACAGGCCAAAAGUUUGGACACACACAACACAACUGUUGGUCCCAACCCAAUGAAUAAGGCAAGAAAUUCCCCUAAGUAACCCUGACAAGGCAAACCUGUGAGGUGAAAACCAUUUCAGGUGACUACCUCAUGAAGCUCUUUGAGAAACCACCGAGGGUGUGCAGCUCUAUCAAAAAAAGCAAAGGGACUUUGAGGAAUGUAAAAUUUAAGACAUAUUUAAAGUUAUUUCGCACUUUUUUCUUUAGUAUAUAAUUCCACAUGUGUUCAUUCAUUUUGAGAAUCUACAAUGUAAACAGUCAUGAAAAUAAAGAAAAUGCAUUGAAAGAGAAGGUGUGUCCAAGCCUUUGGCCUGUACUGUAUGUGGUUUCCUCCAUCUCUUCUGUUCACCCACAUGCAUACAGUACACUGUAGUACAUAUGCCACACACUGUAAAUGAUUAAGAUAGAUAGAUAGAUAGAUAGAUAGAUAGAUAGACAGAUAGACAGAUAGAUAGAUAGAUAGAUAGAUAGAUAGAUAGAUAGAUAGAUAGAUAGAUAGAUAGAUAGAUAGAUAGAUAGAUAGAUAGAUAGAUAGAUAGAUAGACAGAUAGAUAGAUGGAUAGAUAGAUAGACUAUUGAUUAAAAAAUAGAUACGUAGAUUUCACCUUUCCACUUAUUGUAAAUUGGCAAGUUGUGGUUUUGUCUAGCGACAUGGUAAUAGUAGUGGGUAAAAGAAAAUAAUGAACAAAAAUACUGUAUUGAACCUAAUAUAACACAGUAUUUUUUUUCCGAGAAAACUGUCUGAAAAAGAUGUAUAAUCCCACACAGACGGUGAGACAUCACUUCCGCUGACAAUUUUUUGUUAUAUAUUUGUAAUGUUCUUUAUGUAAUUCUUUAUGUAACACUGGUUCGCGCAGCGUUAACGACUCAGUGCUCUUUAAACCAUAGAUUUAUUUUAGAAGCUUUUCGUAAAAAUCAAAAAGCAGAAUAUAAAAACAACCUAUUACUUUUACCCUGCAGACAGCAUUUUGUUUGGAAUAUUUGAGAUUUGCCAAAUGAAUAAGGAUAUUAAACCAAAAUCAAUGGGAGAAAGUGAACGAGAAAGUAAAUGCUCAGCUGUCUUCCACAUUAUUUGUUGUAACAAUCCCAUACAGCAAAAAUGUUACUUUUAAGAUCAGCUUAUUCUAGAAGGCUAUGGGUGUCCAAACUUUUUCCUGAAAAAUCAAAGCUUGUGGGCGAUGUUUUGAGAAAACCAACCUAAAACCAACCCAUGCACAUCUCCCAAGACUUGUGUUAUAGCUGACAAAGCAUAUUAUUAGUUCUAGUGUGAUUACGUAUCAACUUUUUCUUGUUACAUUAUGCCUUUUUGCUCUUCUUAAAACUUUCUCUGUUGUUUAUUUUACUCUUCUUGUUUAAUUGUAUUUUUAGAAUGUGCCGCAGCCUAAUAAAAAAAAGAUGGGCCCUAGGCCUCACUUUGGACACUAGGGGUGGGUGGAUCGAUAAAAAUAUUUAUAGUAUCAAUAAUAAUUGUAGUAGCAUUAUGAGAUCAAUAUAUUUCAGUUCUCUUCUAUCUUCACUUUCACAAAUUUUGGUGUUUUUUGCUGUGUUCAUUUUGUCAAAAUGCCAAUAUUCUUAUACAUGUAGUUACAUAUUUAUAUAUCGUAAAACAAAAAGUAGGUAAUGAGUCCCUGCACAUGUAGGACAGCUUUGGGGGCAAAAAGCCAAAGGAUUUGAAUGAGAGCCAAUGUAGUUUUUGCUUUUGUUGUAGUUAUUUUUCACUGUUGUCUUUAUU